AAAAACUCCGUUCCCGACCUCUAUAAACCCUUCGAUUCCACAAAGACCUUCUUUCUUUCCUUCAUCAACAUCAAAAGGACUUCAAAGUGCAAGCUCCAAUUACUUUACCAAAAGCCAACUGAAUCCUCGCACAAAUUCCGACAUGUCAGAUACUCAAUCCCACCACCCUACGGAAUCCGUAGAUUUGAGGAUCACAGUCCCAAAUCCAUACUUGCUCAAAAUUUGCUGUCCAGAUGCCAGACCGAGACAUGUCUUCACGAUCGACCAAUUGAGCCAAACGGGUUGGAAGUGCCGUACCUGCAGAUUUGAUCUGGCAGAUCGAGCUAGGCAGAAAUUGGUAUGCUGGCAGAUGGACUAUGGGAAAGCGGAGGGUAUCAAAACGAGUGGUGGUUGGUGGAGGCAUACCGAUGAUAUUUUGGAGGAGGUGGAGGGUGUGUUGCAAGAAAAGAAACGGCAGACAGGGUUGGGGGAUGGCGGACGCACUUAUGCAAGGAGAGUUGGUGGAGAAAGAGGUUCGUCGGGCUCGUAUGAGGUGAAUUCAUGUGGUGGCAACUUGAGAAGGAGGCAAAGCAUAACCGGCGCUAGGAUUGAAUUGAGUAUAAGGGCAAAUAUUUGACAGGACUAUGACUGGUUUGUAAUUUG